UUUCCUUUCAAUAUUCUGAUAUAGCUUUAGGAUACAAUACUUUACGAUUAAGUACGAAUUGAAAGCGUAAUUCAGAAUAGAAUAAUGUCUCUACAAUAUAAAGCAUACCUUAUCAAAGGGAAUCCGAACAAUGUGAAGGAAAUUCGUCGUUUCACGAUUGAUACAGACGUCUCGUCAAGCUAUGACUAUUUGAAGAACAAGGUUUCUUCAGUGUUCCCUAACAUCGGUGAGGCGUUCACUCUGCAUUACAAAGAUGCUGAAGAGGAUUUCAUUUCCUUCAGUUCUGAUGAAGAAUUGAUGCAGGCUCUCGGUCAAAUUAACGAUGGAUUGUUCCGUCUGUUCGUGAAGGUGAAAAAAGAUGGGAACAACGGCGAAAAUGCUACAGGAGAGGAUUUCUGCAGAGGAUGGAAGAAAUUUGCGAAACAGUUCGGGCAUGGCCAUUACCCCCAUGAUCAAGGACGUUUUGGGUUCCCCCCACGUCCCCAUGGACCUCAUCAUCCUCCACCCCCUCCUCAUGGACCUCCUCCACAUCAAUGGCAGGGACAGUUUGGGUUCGCGCCCCCACCACACCCCCACCCAUGGGGGUUUGGCCCUUGGGGUCAGCAAGCACCUGGCUGCCAUGCACAGGCCCAAUCUCAAACCCCAGGAGCUGAAGCAAGCUCAUCUUCCAGUCCUGAUGGAAAAACACAGCACCAAGAACAAUCACAGGGAUCUGCUAGUGAAACAGCACAAGCAUACUUAAGCUCUGUCGGUGAAGCCGUCGCUGGAUUUUUGAAACCACUUGGAAUUGACGUAGACAUUGAUGUUGAACACCAUGGAAAGAGAACAAAAUGCGCCGAGAGUGAGAUAAAAAAGAAACAAAAAGAGGACGAGGAAAAGAUGAGGUGUGGAGACGAGCAGCCUGCGUCUUCGCAAGAGACUCCACCAAAGACGACUGAACCCUCUGCACCGGAAAGUUCUACGACCCCACCAAAUGAAGCUGAUUGGACAGUUGUGCAAGAUGAAGAUGACUCAGAGAUGCAGACAGCUUCUGAGAAACUUGAAACAAUGCAUGUUGACUCACCAAGUAAUAUCGAUCCACGUCUGGCAGUCGCUCUGAAGCAGAUGUUCGCAAUGGGAUUUUCAGAUGAAGGCGGUUGGCUCUCUCGUUUAUUGGAGGCGCACAACUACGAUAUCCCGCGGGCUCUUGAUGCGAUCCAACCUGGUGGCGGAGGCCAUAGAGCUUAAAGACUUUGAUUGACACUUUCUUGUGCUCAGUAUGACUCAUGGAUAGAUUGAUCAUAAUGAGACAGCGGUUCCCUACAUUUUUCUCCCUUUAUCUAAUUUAGCUUUCUUUAUUGUUCCCUUAUUUCGUAUAAAAACUUUGCUUUUACGCUCCUCAGCUAAGAUUUUAGGUGCAACUAGAACUCUGGUUUUUGCUCAGUUUAAAUAGUUCAUAAUAUGUCCUUACCAGAGCUAAGAUGUGAAGCCUGACCCGACCUGAGUUUCUUGCCGGGUCGGGCCUGAAAUGUCAAUCAUUACAUUCGGGUCGGGCUUCCCUACCGCUGACUUUUUUUUCAAAAGAGGCGUUUUGGCUACGAGAGACUGUGGUCUGCAAAAAAACAGAAGUUGCCUCAUCAACACGACACAUACUAUACUAAACUCUUGCAAUGACAAUUCAAACUCCUCGAAUUCGAACUCCUAAAUAAAAUUUAAAUUUCGGGUUUGCUUCGGGCCUGCAAAUCCAGUCAAUUAGUCAUGAUCGGGUCGGGUUCAAUACCCACGGGCCUGGGUCGGGCCGGGCUGGUAUUUUUGGGCUCGAUCUUACCUCUAGUCCUGACAUGUUACAAUAGAGCAUAAGUGGAAAAUAUUAUGAAAACUACAUCAAAUAGUUAUUCUGUAUUUCAUUUCCGAAAACGACACUUUCUUCCAAGGUAUCUCUUCGAAGGGAUUAUGCAUAAAAAACUAUGCAUAAGUAACUCCAUCAUUUUGUCAUUAAUUAUCAAUUUUUGAUGUGGCAUUACUUUGGGCCUGUUUAAAUAUAAAAAACACACAAAAAGUGUUGAUAUAAAUAUCUAAGAAUAUUGUCCUUAUGAUCUUUCCAUUCAUGAGGGUAUACAUGGCCACCAAGAAUUGUACAUAUAACUGAAUUAUAAUCCAGGAAACACCAUAGUAUUGUAUGUUUGGUGAAACUAUCUAUCUUUAAUUCUUAUUAUAUAUCAUGAAUGUUUAUAUGUGUGUUGUUUGUGAUUGUUAAGUCAAAGAAAAAUACCCAUCUUCCCCUUUUUACUCUGUGUAUACAGGGGUGGGCAAAUUCCAACCCUUGGGUCGGAUCAGUCCACCGAAGUGUUUUAUGUAGCCUACUGAAAGUACGACUAUGGUUUUUAUGGAUAUAAAUUAUAUUUGAAAAUAUUGACGUAAAUAACAUUAUAAUGACACCAAUUGUUACAUUGUGCUUUUUCUUAUUAUAUAAACUUUAGUCUAUUGCUGUUGCUAAAUAAACUGUCUUUCAUUCAUAGUUUUUCAUAUCGAGUUUUGAGUCUCCGACACAGUAACCAAGUCUCUUAUCUGUAACUGGCCCACUCGAAAAGUAAUUGCCUACCCCUGGUAUGAACCUUACUUCUAAUGGGAUUAUUAAGAAAAUUGGUUUUAAUUCCACCUCAAACUCUGAAAAUAUCGUUAUUUUGACUUUAAAAAUUGAGAUUGUUUGAUGAUUUUAUCCAAAACUAUGUCUCCAUGGCUUCAGUUUUGUCUUGAUCGAUGCUCCCACUAGCUGUAAUAAUAUGUGUAACUACUAGUUACUAACUAGCGUUCAAAUUUAGUAUAGUUUAAAUGGUGUACAAUGCAUUGACAUGCAUCAUAAAAUAAAAACAAAAUCCAUGGUUGGUAAAUUCGGUGUUAGUUGAAUAGUUUCAAGUUAGCUUCAGUGCCCUUAUUGGCUCCAAUUCUCGGAAUAGAAUUUCGCCUAAAUGCAAAGGAUAUGUGUUUUUUUUCUUGAUUUUUGGGUUACAUGUUUGCCUGGUGAUUUUAGUGUUUCCAAUAACAUUGCCAUCGAGUCUCUGUGGCUUCUUGCCUAGAACCUUUCUCAGAAAAAACCCACAUUGUUUCUCAAUAUCCACAUUGACUUGGGUGUGUUUGUGCAAAAGGUAACUGGACUAUUUUAUCUUUCACUCAAUGAAAUCUGUUAGUUAUAAUUGAGGUUAUGUUCCCAAUUGUUUUUAUUAGAAAAGUACAAUUUCUUUUUUUUGGGGCAUUUUUUUUUAAUGAUUUCUGUCACAGCUGUCUGCUUUCAGCUUCAUUGCACUUACAAAAUUUUUAUUUCUCUUUACAAUAUUUGAGUUCCGAGAUUUGUCUGAGUAUCGUUAAGUUAUGCUUCAUUUUUAUUUCUCGCUGUCCUUUGUUCCAGGGCUGUGAAGUCGGGUAAAAUUUACCCACUCUGGUUGAAAAUAUUUGAGACUGUGGCUCUCCGGGUUGAAAAAAAAAUUACGACUGCGACUCUUGAGGAAAUCAAAUUCAGUAACAAAGUCUUUGACAUAAGCAAGCAAGCAAUUAGGAAUACUUGAUAAAGUCAAUUUUCGAGAAAGGAGACAAGUUUCGUACCUAACGUGCUUCUAGUGGACGUAGUAUAACAAUUUUUUGAUAUGUCAACCCCCAUCUGACUAUGUCAUCCAAAAAUUACGUCACCACAAUCACGUCAUAGAGCUUGCCAAACUUUGUCUUCUACUCUGUGUUUGAAUUAAAUUGGGCUCUGACUUUAAUUUAAAAAAAUUUUGACAGCAACUCUCGAGAAAAUAAAAUUCUAAAAACUUUCACAUCGCAAAUCUUCUUUGUCUAACUUAUUGGGAAUUUGCCUUUCUGUGCGAAAUAACCAAAAUUUAAAUUUUUGAUUCAGGGUUGGGGGGAGGUGUAUGGGGUUGAAAACAUGACUCCGACUACACAGUCCUGCUUUGUUGUGUCUAUCUCUUCAGCAUCUGUCACCAUUAUUGGGUUAGGGGAAGGGGGCAUUUGGGUGUUACCAGUCAGUUCGUCCAAUUAUUCUGUAUUUUGCCAGUAAAUUUUAAUGAUUGUAUUUCAUGAAAUAGGUUCAGACCUCUUAGCACCUUAGUUUUCUUUUACUUCUCAGUGAGUGUCUAUAAAUGCUUACCGUUACCCCUCUGUAAUUGCAAGUAACAUUGCCCAGAGAUGAGGUUUUCUUUACUUUAGGGCAAAUUGCUCGCCUCUCAACGGUUGCCUAUAACUUUGCUCAGAGAAGUGUUUUCUUCAUAUAAAUACUUAAAGCCCAUAAAUAAUGCCUCCUCCCCCUUUUCUAGACUGGUGUCUUCUUUGCUCCUGUUUUAGUCUUUGUUUCUAUUUUCUUGAAAAUAAAAUGGAAUGUACAGAAAA